AUGCUGCCGCCCGCCUCCUCGCCCGGAGAGCUCGAUGGCCACGGGCUAGCCAUUCUCCUGCUGCUCAACUUCCACUGCCGCGUCCACCUGCCUGAGACCUCCCGUGAGGCCCGGAGAGCGUUGAUGCUGCUGCUCAUGGACCUCAUCUACCAGGCCGUCCCUCCGACGGCGUCGCUGGACGAGUUCCUCGGCCACGUUCGGUCGGCGCUCGCCUGCGAACCAGAGCAGGCCGAGGUGGUCUGCGAAUAUCUCAACCGGACACUCGAGAUCCUCGAAGUCACCGACGGACUGACGAAGCUGUUCAACGAAAGCAAGACUGACCUGACGAUGUAUCUCGCUUGGCCGGCAGAACUGAGCCGGAUCCUGGCGCCCUACGAGACACUCGGGAUGGACGAAUCGCCAGAGGUCUUUGUGGAUCGGCGGUCAUUCUUCGGACUCUACUUUCGACGGCAGAAGCUUGUCUUCGACAGCCUCGACCUUGAGGCGCGGGGCAGGCUCCGGGACGUGGCAUUCGAAUGGAAGGAGGGCCUCCUCCCUCCGCACGCGUCGAACGAUGCCCUCCAUGAGGCAGAAGGUACCGAGGACUCGAGGAUGACGGCAUACAAACAGUUCCAGCGAGCCAUGCUCACGGGCGACUAUUCCACCGCGAAGGACAGUAUGCAAAAGUCGUUCGACUACUUCGCGCCAGGCUCGGAUCACGAGCUUCACCAGCACACGCUGCUUCAUCUUGCUUCUUUCCAUUACCAGACCGGCGGGCUCGACGCCGCGCGAGCCGCUUUGGAAGAGGCCGUCAGCCUGGCUCGCUCGGCCGACGACCUUGAAUGCGUCGCCAUGUGUGAGAGUCUGAUGCGAAGAUUGCAGGGCGAAGGGACAAGCAGACGGUCUAUGGAAGACAAGAGCCCAGGAGUGCAACGACAAUUGUCCAGCCAGGACGCCCUCUGGCGAGCUGAAACUGACGCCGGGAAGGGCGACGAGCUCGUCGAGGUCCUGCAGCAGCUAGUGCGGUCUGCUCAACCCCCAAGAGCCAAUGUCAAGGCGACAAAAUCGUCGGUCGACAUUUCGCUGCACCUCAUUGACGAUGCUAGCCGCCGCUUUGGCAACGAUGCGGCGCGCCCAGAUGCCGUUGUCGGCCAUCUGUGGCAAGACCUCGGACAGGGCAAGGUGGCCAAUGUCUACCUAGGACGAGCAGCCCGGGCAAGAGGCGAAGUCGCAGCAGCUCAGAGGGAAGGCCGCAUCAAGGCGCGGUGCGAAAAGGCGAGCAAGCUUGCACGUCGCGGAAGGUACGAACACGGCUUAGGGCUGCUGCUGCGGCCCUCGACGUACGAAGCGCUGUCGGCCGCAGAGUACCGAGCGUGGACCGAAGCAGUCUGGGGCAUACUCUGGCUGCGGGCGAGGCGGCGGCGCGAGGCCAAGACCCUUAGCCGGCUGGCGCAGCUCGAUCCCAGCUCGCACCACGUCCUGCGCGAUGCCGACAUCGAGGACCUGGUGGAGACGCCAAAGACGUUGCAGGAGCUCUUGCCAUCGCUCGGCCCUCGCGGUGCAGGGGCAAGCGAGAAGAAGCCGGCUUCCGAAGCCAAUUUUCAGAGAAGGCUCGCCUUGAGCUCGCGUCAGAAGAUCGAGCUGCUCCUGGACAAGGCACAGAUGCUGAUGGACGCCAAGCAACCGGCUCGAGCGCAGUCACCCGCCCUCACCGCCAUCGCCAUGGCCCGAGCGCAGGCUCAUGAGCCUCUGGAACGGGCGGGCAUUGUGACUCUUUCACGGAUCGCCGGCAUCAGCUACCAGCUGCCGAUUCAAGCUCUAGCUUCGCUCGAAGAGGUCCUGCCGCUGACUCUCGCCGACGAGGACCUCGAGGUCAGAGCCAUGGCGCAGUGGACGUACGCCGAGUGCCUCUUGGGACAGACCAAGUCGGCCGGAGACCCCUCGACAAUUACGGAAGCGCUGGACUGGCUGGACCGCGCUGAACGAGACACGGAAACGAUCUCGCUCAUCCACGUCCAGCGCAAGGUGCUCUACUUUAUGGCGAGGGUGCUUCACCAGCUCGACCGGGCCGAGGAGCGCGAUCGCGUCGCCGACAAGCUCGCCGCCGUGGAAAGGGACUGCCUGCGGGCGUCUGAGGCCGUAUGCACCGAGAGCCUGGCAGUCGUGGACGACGUGCUGGACGUCGUCAACUUGGUCGGAGCCCACGUCGCCAGCGGCGGGGCAGCCGCCAUCCGUCUCAGCAUGGGCUGA